CAGCCAGGGGCAACGAUGAAGGGUCUGAGCCGCCUGCUCCGCACCGAGGAAGAUGCUGUGCGGGGAGCCAUGGCAGCCAGCCAUGAGGGCCUAUUGCCAGAUGAGAGAGAAUUUCAAUAUGCUGCUAAAAUUAACAAUUUGGAAACCAUGGAAAAGCUGUUUAAAAAGAAUGUUAAUUUAAAUGCUGUAGAUACUCUGAAGCGCACCGCGUUCCAUUUUGCUGUUGCGGGAGGUCAUGUAUCAGUGGUGGAUUUUCUUCUUCAUCACAAGGCUAGGCUUGACAUAUCAGAUCAGCAUGGCCUGACAGUGAUUCAUCUUGCAGCUUGGACUGGAAAUCUGGAUAUAAUGCGAAAAUUAGUUAAAGCAGGUGCUGAUCAAAAGGCUAAGAAUGAGGAAGGAAUGAAUGUACUGCACUUUGCAGCUCAGAACAACAGCGUUAAAAUAGUUGAUUAUUUUCUCCAAGAACUUCAUCUGAAUGACUUGAACAAGCCUGAUGCGAAAGGUAAAAAGCCAUUUCUUCUGGCUUCUGAGAAAGGCCAUGUUGACAUGAUAAACAAUUUGAUUGCUCUGAAACUGUUCACAUCUGAAAAAGAUAAGGAGGGAAACACAGCACUGCAUUUAGCAGCCAAAAAUGGUCACAGUGAAGUUGUAGAAAUUCUGCUUGAACAGUGGGAGGAAAUAAAUGACCUCAAUCAGAACGGAGAAACUCCAUUUUACUUGUCUGUUAAAGGAGGUCAUGAAAAAUGUGCUGAACUCUUACUGGAUGCAGGGAGUGACAUCAAUGUUUUAACUCAGAAUGAUAGCAGUGCUUUGCAGGUUGCAAUUCAGAAUGGACAUCUAUCCUUGGUUACUUUUCUUAUUGAUAAGAAUAUUGACCUGGUUCCUAAACCCGAGCAGAAGAAUUCCCCUCUCCAUUUAGCAGUCAUUGGUAACAACCUACCAGUAGUAAAAAGCCUUUUGGAUGCCAAUCAUGAUAUAAACUCCUUAAACAAUAGGCAGGAAACCCCUCUGCAUUUGGCAGCUGAUCUUGGUAAUGUGGAGUUGGUGGAAGUGCUGCUUAAGGCAGGAUGUGAUCUCAAGGCCAUGGAUAAGCAUGGAAAAACUGCACUAGCUGUGGCAUCAAGGAGCAAUCAUGCCCUCAUUGUAGAUAUGAUCAUUAAAGCAGAAAGGUAUUACACCGUGAAACAGACACAUCUAGCUCAUAGCGAUGUUGGCUCAGACUUCAGCUUUUCCUUCAAACAAGAUCACAGUAUACAGACCAAGCAAAUCCGUUCCUCCCUUUGGAAUCUAGCAUACAACCAGUUAAAACCCCGUGAAUGGAAAAAACUGGCCAUAUUCUGGAAAUUCACAGAUGAACAAAUUAAAGCCAUUGAAGAACAGUGGACAGGGAAAAAAAGUUACAAGGAACAUGGAAACAGAAUGUUGCUCAUCUGGUUACACGGGACGCUGCUGGCUCAUCAGAAUCCUGUCAAACAUCUAUAUGAAGAUCUCAUGGCAGCAGGAUUUCAGCCUUUAGCUGGUAAGUUGACACAGAGCCCAUUACACUGUCUUCCAGGAGAUUGCAGUGUGGUGCCAAGGUCCCCGCUGGUGCUGGGAUGGUGUGACUGUGGCAGGGCUGGAGGACACUCUUCCUCUCUGGGACUCUGCCCUUGCUGCGGGGUGAGGCUGCUUGAGAAAAAGCAUUUAAGUGAGACUUGAGAUUUCUAAAGGAAGACAAAAAUGUGCAAACUUUGCUUCCCUCCUUUGUCUUGCACACAUGGUUAAAUUGUAACUGGCAACCCUUCAGUUAGAUUAGUUUGACCUUGUAAAAAGCAGAGCAUGCCAAGCAAGUGUUUUCUCUUACUUCACAGAGAAGAUCAGAACUUCAAUUAGCACUGGCAUGGACUCCAGAAAAUGUGCAGUUUCAUGAGUUCAUCAAUAAAACAUGGCAUAUAUGGUGGAAUUACAUGCCAGAUGGAAAGUGACUUUCAAAUAAUAUCUUUUCUGGAAACAAAAACCUAUUUUGAAGUUGUACAAGGUUUUCCAAGCUAGAAGAACUUGCACUCCUGAAAUGUAGGUUACUUCUUUGUCAAAUGCUUGCUAUACAACAAUUUAAAGAAUUUAAGAGUGAAUGGCUGACUGGUGAUUUAUGACUAUACUGCUAAGCAAGAGCCACCCCUUACAAUUUCUACACCUCACUUAACAUUGAUACACUAAUUCCAUACUGGAACUGCAAAUUAAUUUUAUGUUUGACAUGAAAUAUAAAUAAGAUGUUUUCUACCUGAAAAAAGGUCAAAUUUAAUAAGUAAAAAUUAUUAGUAUAAAUAAAUCAACACUUCCAGAAAUAGGCUGGCACCUGGCCUCAUCUGAGAUUCAGCUUUUCAUAAAGUCUUCCUAGGAUUAUGACAAGUCAUUCUUCUUCAGCAUUUGAAUUAUAUAGUGAAAAUACACAAAAAUGUCAUGUCUAAACUCAAGUGUGUCUGGCUACAGAAUUUUAUGUCAUGCUGUAUACAUACUCCAAAAAGAACAUUUGAUAUUUAAUACUUAAACACAUCUAGAAAUUAUCUACCUAUUUCUUGUUCAUAUCUUGAAUUAAUAUUGGUAGUGC